AUGACAGUGACCGCCGGGCAGCUCGCUCACGCAGUCCACGCCAACGUCGUCUCCGGAUCCUACCCAGACUCCGAGGACGUCUACAGCGCCACCCUUCCAUCCAAUGCGCUCCCCGAGAUCAUCGCCCACCUCGAGAAGGCGUGCGAGGAGGUCAAUGAAGAGAUCCGCAAAGUAAGCCGCGCAAACGGGCCCGAGCUCGACUCCUGGAUCCUGCAAGCGCGGCGCCUGCAGAACGACAUCAACGCCUCGAACGCGCAGGCCGACCACAUCCUCGCGCUCGCCGCGCAGGAGGAGGCGCUCGAGAAGGAGCUCGCCGACGCCGAGGCGCAGCACAAGUUCCUCGGGGCCGAGAUCCGCUUCAACGAUGAGCUGCUGGGCCGGCUGGGGCUGCUGCAGAUGGUCGCGGCGACGCUGGCGCAGGUGGAGGCGCUGAGCGCCGGUGGAGAGCUGGCGCAGGCGAUGGUGGUGCUGGAGGGCGUGGAGAGGGCGCUCGUGGAGAUGAGGGGCGAGACGAUCGUGGUGGAGCUGAUGAAGGAGCGGGCGGCGGGGCUGCGGAGGAGCGUGGUGGAGAGGGUGGAGAGGGGGUGGACGGAGAUUGUGGGCGUGCAGAGGGAGGAGGGCGUGUUGUGCAUUCGCCGGGAGAUUACAGAGGGCGACUCCGUGAUCUCCAGCACCGCAGUCGUCGAAGCUCUCCAAGCACUCUCCCUCCUCAACACCAAGGUCGACCACCUCCACCAGCAGCUCGACACCCUCCUCAUCACCCCCCUCCUCGACACCCAGCGCCCGCACGCCCCCACCUUCACCGUCGCAGGCGACACCCUCACCACCACCGGCCACACCACCGACCUCAGCGCCACACGCAUGUUCGCCACCCUCCGCCUCAUCAUCAACUUCCUGCACGCGCAGCUCCCCUCCGCCGUCACCUCCCCCCUCUCGCGCAUCCUCGUCUCCAGCCUCACCACGCGCCUCACCUCCUCCACGCUCCCGCACUCGGUCCCCAGCUCCCUCGACCACCUCCCCGCCUUCGAGGCGCUCCUGGCCGAGACCUGCCGCUUCGAGGAGCACCUGCAGAGCAUCACCUGGACGCGCGACAGCGAGCUGCGCGAGUGGGCCGACCGCGCGCCCCGCGUGUGGCUGGCCAAGCGGCGCGAAACAUGCCUCGACGCCCUGCGGCAGACGGUCGCGCAGGGCAUCCGCGAGACAAAGGUGGUCGAGCGCUCCGAGACACAGAAGGUGCCCACGAAGCCGGCGGAGCGGAAGGGCUCUGUUGGCGCGGCGGCGUGGAACGAGGACUGGAAGGAGGAGGAGGAGACGCAGGCUGUGGCCAAGGAGGUGGCGAAGGGCCUCAACAUGUCGAUUGUGGACGACGACGACGACGACGACGACGAUGCCAGCGGGUGGGGGCUCGACGAGGACCUCGAUAUCGAUGAUCCCACACCCGCUGAGCCUGCGAAGCCGGAGCAGGAGCAGGAGCUGGAGCUGGAGAAGGCGUCAGCACCUGCAGAGGCGGCCCCGCAGGAGGAGGAGCUCGACUGGGGCGAGUGGGGCGACGACGACGAGCCCGCAGCUCCCACGACGCCCAAGACGGCCGACUACACACCAACGACCAGCGAAUCCGCGCACUCCAGCUCCCCCGAACAGCCAGCAGCGGCCUCCUCCUCCUCCUCCUCCCCCUCCAAAGACGUGACCCUCAAAGAGACCUACACCAUCACCUCCAUCCCCGACGCCAUCCUCACCCUCAUCAGCACGCUCACCACCGAAGCCACCACCCUCACGCGCCUCCCACGCAACGCCAUCACCCCCGCCGCCACCGACCUGCACACCCUCCCACCACUACUCCUCGCCGCAUACCGCGCCCUCGCCCCCCUCCACUACGCGCACCACCCCGCGGCCGGAAUGCUCCUCUACAACGACACCCUCCGCCUCACCUCCCUCCUCCCGCCCACCAUCCCCGCAGAAGACACAGCGCGCACAACCGCCUUCGGAAAGCGCACGUACGCGCGCGAGCUCCACAGCCAGCGCAUGGUGCUGACCGACUACCUCGACUCGGCGCAGGGCUUCGUCAACUGCACGUCCUACCCGCAGAGCGCCGCGUGCAAGACGGCAAUCACAAGCACGCUCGCGCACAUCCGGCAGCUGCACUUGAGCUGGUCGCGCAUCCUCUCGCGCUCCGCGCUGUCGCAAUCACUCGGCUCGCUGCUGAAUACCGUGUGCGUGCGGCUCGUCAGCGACAUCGAGGACAUCAGCGACAUUGCGGCGGCCGAGAGCGAGCGGCUGGCGGGGCUGUGCGAGGAGCUGGCGGCGGGGGUGGAGGCGCUGUUUCCGGUCUCGCCGGGGGGCGUCAGUAUGGUGGGGGUGUAUUGUGGCGGGUGGAUCAAGUUCCGGGCGCUGCAGCAGGUGCUAGAGAGUAGAGGGGGAGAAUCGCAGGAGGUGUUUGGAGGAGAUUCGGGGGCGGAGGUAGGAGGUGUUCUUUUUGUGGUAGUUAGGGGGGAGGGGAAGUAG